AACACGCAGUCUUAACCCACCUUGAGGGUCCUCACAAUGACCUGGGAGUUCAACCGCCGCCGGUGGCUUCGAGCAAUCAACAGUACAUUCAUCUAUGGCAGAAUCGUGAGUUAACGCCUUAGUCCCUUGUCACUUGGCCUUUGUUCCAUCUGAGCUCGCUGCGCAAAAGCUUUUCUGCACCACUCACUGCUGCCUCCAGUUGCAGCAACCGCUAACUAAGAUGCUCCAAUAUCCAGCCGCUGCUGCAUACCAUCAUUCUCUUCAUCGAGAUGGCCCUCUUCGCCCGGCUCACUAGCCGGUUCAACGCUUACUACGAUGAACGACCACUUCUCACCAUGAUGGUGACCAACUCCAUCCUGGGCGGCAUCGCCGACACGGUGGCUCAGACCAUAACCUCUGUCCGCGAGCGAGCCGUCCGCAAGCACCCCAACGGCCAACUAAACCCGCGAGAGGAUGCUCUCGCCAUCGAGAUUCACGAGCUCGACCGCAAGAACCCCCUCACCGACCGAGAGCUGAUCCCUGACUCCAGGACGCUUCCGCCGCCCUUUGACUUUGAGCGCCUGACCCGCUUCAUGGCCUACGGCUUCUGCAUGGCUCCCGUACAGUUCCGCUGGUUCAAGCUGCUCGAGAAGACGUUCCCCAUCACCAAGACAGCCGCCUUCCUACCGGCCAUGAAGCGCGUUGCCUUUGACCAGCUCAUCUUUGCGCCCUUUGGCGUCGCCGCCUUCUUCACGGUCAUGACGGUCGCCGAGGGCGGGGGCAAGCGCGAAGUGUACCACAAGAUGCGCGACAUGUACGUGCCGACGCUCAAGGCCAACUACAUGCUCUGGCCGGCGGUGCAGGUCAUCAACUUCCGGCUGAUGCCGGUGCAGUUUCAGUUGGUGAGUUCUGCUGUCCCGAGCAUCGAAAUGCGAAAGCAGUGCUGAUGAAUCUUUUGCUCAAGCCCUUCGUGUCGACUGUUGGUAUUGCGUGGACCGCGUACCUCUCACUUACCAAUGCCGCCGAGAACGUACAGGAGGCUCGAGUCCCAGAGAGGUCCGGUAUUCGG